UAAAACAUGUCCACUAGUUUCAUAUCUCAAAGUUCUCCACAAUGAAAAAUAUAUAUACACCUCUCUAUCUCUCUCCUUAAAUCUCUCAUCCUGUCUCUCUCAUGGCUAAAGAAACCAAGAAUCUAAAAUGGGAAGGCAAAGCAAGUGCACAACUCAAAACCACCAAAGCAGAACAAGUAUGGCCACUACUUGAAGACUUUUGCAACUUACACAAAUGGCUUCCAACCAUCAACACAUGCCACUAUGUCCAAGGAGUCCAUGGCCAGCCAGGUUUAGUAAGAUAUUGUGCCACCAUCAUACCAUCGUCUAACGACACCGAUAAGGAUCCAACGACGGUUGUAAAGUGGUGCCAUGAGAAGCUGUUGUCACUAGAUCCCGUCCAAAGGUGUUUGAGCUAUGAGAUAGGAGAGAACAACCUUGGGUUUACAACUUAUGUUGCUGAGAUCAAAGCGGUUGAUAUCGAUGAUGGUUGCGUUGUCGAGUGGUCGUUCGUGGCGGAUCCGGUGGAGGGAAUGAGAUUGGAGGAUUUGUGUGGUUAUUUGGAAUCAUCUUUGAAAGCUAUGGCUGAGAGGAUGGAGAAGGAGCUACAAGCUGCAACUAAUUGAAAAAACAUAAAAAAAAAUAUAUGUAUUACUCUAUUGUUUUUUGUUGUAUUGUAUAAUAAUCACUUUAUGCUUGUUUACAAGUGGUUUUGGGGCAUCUUUCUCUGCGAAUGUUUUUAGUGCAAAAUUAAAUAAGUCGUCAUGAUUGGUGAGUGAGUGGUGACAUAAAUGAAUAAAUUUUAUAUUUGGUUAAA